GCCUAGUAAGGUACCUGACUGAGCUAACCGAUCUCCUACACCUCAAGGGGGAUCUCGCGUCGGAGCUGGCAUGAGAUGACCAUAGCUCCGGUCAAAAAAACGCCAAGCUUCGAUCUGAUGUCAACGGCUUGGGGCCAGAACACCUUGGCUCGUUUUCCCCAUGAACACCCCAACAUGCCCAAAAAAAACAUGAACCGCCAAUAACACCACCGAAAUCAACCACAGCGACGGCCCAUCAUGUCGGUAACGCUACAUACCACCCACGGAGACCUCAAAGUCGAGGUGUUCUGUGAAAGCGUCCCCAAAACCGCAGAGAACUUCCUCGCCCUCUGCGCAUCCUCCUACUACGACGCCUCGCCCUUCCACCGGCUGAUCCCCUCCUUCAUGGCGCAGACGGGGGCGCCGGCGCACCCGAGCCCGCCCGACAACCCCAAGGGCGGGCGGUCGAUCUACGGUUCGACGUUCGAGGACGAGAUCCGGCCGGGCCUGCGGCACCACGAGCGCGGCGUGCUCAGCAUGGCCAACAAGGGCGCCAACACCAACGGCAGCCAGUUCUUCGUCACCUUCGGCCCCGCGCCCCACCUCGACGGCCUCAACACCGUCUUCGGCAAGCUGCUCGGCGACGACAGCCUCGCGACCCUGGCCCGCAUCGAGGCGGUUGAUAUCGACAAGAAGAACCGGCCGCUGGAGCCCGUGCGCAUCGAGAGGGUGACGGUGCACGCGAAUCCGUUGGCGACGUGAGAUGGCUGGCGUGUGGGGUUUUAUGAGAAUGCGCAAGAAUGGAGAACCGCAUGCAUGCACGCUUCAGUGCUCGCUACCCACUGACCCAACUGCCCUGCCGGGGGUUGGGAUGUGAUGUUGCUGGCUGGAACCGAAAGGCUCGUCCGUGAGGGAUGGGUAUGUACAAAGGUCUUGCGAACGCUACCAGCUAUGCUCAUCUAGGCUCGCAUGCCGAGCUGGGGAAGCCGAGGGCCCAGUUGGUAAGCUCAGGCGGAAAGUGGGACGGCUAGGUUGCGCGGCGAUGCCUCUGGGGGUUUGGCCUUCAAUUUUAGGGGCCCAUUGCUAGGUAACGGGUGCUCACGAUGGGCGCUCGGUAUUGAGAGGGGACGGGGGUUGGGU